AUGGUGCAGAAGGAUGGAGAACUACGAAAAGCAGAAAUUCUUUCGAUAAAGCAGCGGAAAGAUGGUCCUUCUUUCUACGUCCACUAUGUCGACUUCAACAAGCGUCUCGAUGAAUGGAUUGAUUCCGGAAGAAUAGACCUGUCGCAUGAGGUCGAAUGGCCUCAGCCAGAGAAACCGGAGAAGAAGAAGACCGGCCCCGGCAACAAGGCACCUAGUAAGAACGCCCAGAAGCGUGCUAGAGCCGAAAGCCGGGAUGUAUCAGCAACGCCUGAUCUUCUGACGGGAAAGAACACCAAUGUUGGCAAAGCCCAGCGUCCGUCCAAAGCGGGCGGCAAAGAGAACCGCGACGAGACCCCCGUCAACCUCUCCAUCGGAGGUUCAGAGGCUGUCUCCGCAGAUGGAACCCCCAAGCCUGACUCGGACGAUGUCGACAUGAUCGAAGUCGGCUUCUCUAAGGAUGAAAAAGAAGAAGCGAAAGCACUAGGUCUGAUGUCGCGCGAAGAAGAAAUCGAACGCCUACGUACUAGCGGUAGUAUGACCCAGAACCCAACAGAGAUUCACCGCGUGCGAAACUUGACCCGUCUCCAAAUGGGCAAAUAUGAUAUCGAGCCCUGGUACUUCUCGCCAUACCCGGCAUCAUUCUCCGACGCAGACGUCGUAUACAUUGACGAGUUCUGCCUGGGAUAUUUCGACAACAAGCGCGCCUUCGAGCGUCACCGUUCCAAAUGCACCCUCGUGCACCCGCCCGGAAACGAAAUCUACCGGGAUGACUACAUUUCAUUCUUCGAAGUCGACGGCCGCCGCCAACGGACCUGGUGUCGCAACCUCUGUCUACUGAGCAAACUCUUCCUCGACCACAAAACACUGUACUAUGACGUCGACCCCUUCCUCUUCUACUGCAUGUGCAGUCGAGACGAAACAGGCUGCCAUCUCGUCGGCUACUUCUCCAAGGAAAAAGACUCCGCGGAAGGCUACAACCUGGCCUGUAUCUUAACCCUCCCUCAAUACCAACGCCGCGGGUACGGCCGUCUCCUCAUCUCCUUCAGUUACGAGCUCGGCAAGCGCGAAGGAAAGCUCGGAUCGCCCGAGAAGCCUCUCAGUGAUCUCGGUCUCCUCAGUUACCGACAAUACUGGCGAGAAACCCUCGUGGAACUACUCUUAGAAACCGGCCGGGAAUCCGUCAGCGAGCACGACCUCUCAAUGCUGACUUCCAUGACGGAGAAAGACGUCCACGAGACUUUGGUUGUGUUCAAUAUGCUCCGUUACCAUAAAGGAAACUGGGUCAUAGUCCUAACCGACCAAGUCGUCGAAGAGCACAAGAAGCGCCUGGAGAAGGAGAAAAUCAAGGGCGUUCGCAAGAUCGAUCCCGCCCGGCUGCAAUGGAAACCGCCCGUCUUCACUGCUUCAUCCCGUACCUGGAAUUGGUAG